GCGCAGUACGGGAGGGCGGAUCAUCAUCGUGGUGGCAGCUACACUCGGAGACUCCCGACAAACUGUCAAAAAUAUUCAGCAAACGAACCAUGGCAGAGCUGGACCUGAGCCUGAGCGAUGCUCUGAUGGACAGUGUGCCCCAGGCUGGCCCGGAGGACCUGGUGGAGAGGGACUUUGUGGCCCAGCUGGAGGCCGAGGCUUUUGACGACCAGGUGGGCGAGACUGUGGGCAAGACGGACUACAUCCCCCUGCUGGACAACGACGGGAACAGGGCAGAUGCCGACUCUGUGUUGGAGAAUGGCGAGCAGGACGCCCAAGGGGCACAAAAACCUGUUACUGCAGGUUCUAAAGUGACACCUGGGGGACAGAUAACAGCGUCACGCCCAGAACCACAGGGGGAAGUGCGUCCCAAUUCAUCAGAGCAGCAAGUCUUUGCAGCCCUCUCAGGCUCCAUGGCAGGCUUCCCUGAUCAUUGGAGCUCCCAGCGCAACAACCCGCCCCAGAUGAUGGACAGUGGACUGAUGGGAGAUUCUUCAGGUUUCUCCCAGCCUGCUAUGAGGAUGGAGAUGGGGAUAGCUCCACUAUCGACAGAGAGGCCUCCCAGCAUCGCAGAGCCUCAGAAGCCCCCACCUCAGGCAGCCAACACAGCUAAGGACAUGUCUGCAGGUGCCCUGGGCGAUGGCUGGCCAGACGAGGCUUGCAUUCCCACCGACCUGCCAUUCACCCAAAGCGUCUCCACGGUGAUCAGUCGCCAUGCCAGCCACCUGGCGGCCAGCCCCGAGGACCGCCCUGACUCUGGCUGGCCCCACCGAGAGGCCUCGGCCGUGGGGGAGGAGAGGGAAAGCAACGAAGGAAACGACCGCAAACAACAGCAGAAGAAGAAGAAGAAAAGGAGGCCCCGGGAUGAUGUGUACGACCUGGUAGAGAACAGGGGCCAUCCGGAGGCUCAGGCUGAAAACACACCCCUGUCAGAGGGCCACCACAGGGUCUCCCCCCGCAAGGACAGGGACAGGAUGGAUGGAGGCUGGGAGCGCGAAGAGCCAGGGAGAAGUGGAGGCAGGGGAAAGAGGGGCAAGAGCAGGAAGAAGCUUCCAGAAGAGUGGGGAGUCACAGCUGAGCCCUUCGUGCCCUCUUCUGCCUCCUCUGCCAAUGACCUCCCUGAAGGGCUCUCUGAAGGGGUGUUAGACCAACUAGUGCCCCCCAUCACCCAUUCCCAGCCCCUGGAGAUCCCCUACUCCAACAUGGGGGCGAGUCCUGCCAGUGAGGAGUUCUACGAGGGCCUCUUCCCUCCAUCUCUCACCCAGGACCUGCUCUCUCUCACAGCUCCCACCUCCCCUCCACCGGCCCUGGGCUGUGAGCUCCUGCCUACCGCCCCUGUCUCCAUGCCCACCAGUCAGGGAGACUUCUCGCCCAAGGGCACCUUCCCCAUGGCCUCACCUCCAGGAGACCCAUUCACUGCUAGCUACCAAGACCUGCUCAUGGAUACAGAGAACGCUAGCAUGGGCAAUGCCAAAGUGGCUUUCUCCACAACCUUUCCUCUAGAUUCCCCAGUUCAUGAGUCGGGUGUCAAGGUGGUGUUUGAUCAUGACACCCCCAUGCACGAUGUCCAUAUGAAAAAUGCCUUAAGUUUAAGCCCCACCCGGCAACCAGAUUGUGGCCUGUCCCCAUUGGAGAAGUUCAGUGAGCUCACAGCGACCGCUCCCCCUUUCUCCCCCUCCGACAGCUCCUGGCUCAUCAAUGACUCCAACUUCAACAACGACUCCUUUGAGUUCAGUGACAUCACUCCAGGGCGCCCACUACCUCUGGGCCUAGCCUUCGACACACCCAGCCCAGCCCCCCUCCGCUCCCCCAAAACCAUACCCGAAUAUCACCCCAGGAAGGGCAGAUCCCCAUCACAGAAUAUACCCACGAAGUCCCCCCCCUCCUCCUCCUCUUCCACCAAAAGCCCCACCUCCCCGGGGUCUGGUCUGAACCCCGCUGCCAAGCCCUUCUUCCCCAGCUUUGCCGAACUCACGGAGCCCCAGGUGGUGGUGGCCCCCAUGUCUGAAGUCAAAUCAGAGAAGAUGGACAAACCAGAGAAAGAGGAGACGAUGGACCACUUUGAGAAGUUGGACCAAUUUGAAAUGUUGGAUAAGCUAGAUAAAGUGGAGAAGAAGGAUUCGACUGGGAAGACUGAGGCGUCAGUGAAGGUGGCGUAUGCAGGACCACUGGACAAAGGAGAGAAGAUGGAUAAAAUGGACAAGGCAGAGAAAACGGAAAAGCUAGAGCUGGCAGAAAAGGUAGACAAAGAAGAAAACCGGGAGAAGGUGGAUAAAAUGGAUAAGGGCGACAACACAGACAAGGUAGAGAAGAUGGACAAGGUUGAAAAGCCUGAGGAGACAGAACAGAAUAUUGAAAAAGUGGAGAAGACCCCAGAGAAACCGGAGACAGCGGUGAAGAUGGACACAUUUGACAAGAUGGAAACACAGCCUGACAAGAUGGAAACACAGCCUGACAAGAUGGAAACACAGCCUGACAAGAUGGAAACACAGCCUGACAAGGAGAAGACAGACCAUGUUGGAAAGGUAACAGUAACAGCUGAGAAAGAAACAGAAAACGUUGAGAAGCCCAAAGACAAUGUUGAGAAGCCCACAGAAAACGUUGAGAAGCCCACAGACAACGUUGAGAAGCCCACAGACAACGUUGAGAAGCCCACAGACAACGUUGAGAAGCCCACAGACAACGUGGAAAAGGAGGAUAAGAAGCCAGAGAAAACAGAGCUGGCUGAGAAAUUAAACAAGCAGGUUAAGGUGGAGAAAUCUGAGAAAAAAGAGCUGAAAAGUCCUGAGAAAAAGACGGACAAGAAAUCAGAGACUGCUGAUAAGGCCAAAAAACCUGCAAGUAAACCCUCGACCAAUGGGAGCAGUGCCACACCAAGCAAGGACCUGCCCAGUCCAGACAAGAAGACUAAGCCUGUCGCCGGGGCAACCAAACUGAGCGCCGCUAAGCCGCGGCCGAGCUCGGCAGCAUCCGUCAGUGCUGCCGCCCCCAAACGCCCCACCCCUUCCUCCACCUCCACCACCACCUCAGCCACCCUCCUCAACAAAAAAACGCCCGUGCCCAAGGCCCCUACCCCCACUGCUGGCCCCAAGCGGCCUUCGUCCACAGUCAGCCGACCCACAUCCGCAGCCACCGCCUCCACCACUGCGCCACGUGAGGUCAAGCCCAAGACGACCACAGAGAGGCGUCCUCUAGUGCCAAAGGCCACCGCCGCCUCCACGGCUCGAACUGCUGCCCCCAAAAACGGCACUGCCACCACGGCAACCAGUAAACCAGCCACGGCGACCCGCAUGCCCCUCGCAUCCCGCACUGCCGGCAGCGCACCCGCAACCAGACGCCCUCUGGCAUCAAAGACUGACAGCAAGCCAGGAGAGGACAAGAAGCCCAGCACUCUGAAGUCAACUACAGCAGACUCCACCCGGCCCCGGACCAGCACCACCCGCAGCUCUAUAGCUAGCACCACCAGCGCCACCCCCCGUGUUCGCCCCUCCACCACCAAACCUGCCCCCUCCUCCUCCACAGUAUCAGAGAAGAAGCCGUCUGUGCCCCGCGUCCCCCGUCCCCCCUCCACCACGGGCAGUGCCAACGCCACGCGCACCACCUCCCGCCCAGGCACAGCCCCCGCACCAGACAUUCGCAAUGUGCGCUCCAAGAUCGGCUCCACGGACAACAUGAAGUACCAGCCCGGAGGGGGGAAGGUCUCUGGCAGGAGCGACGCCCUGGCCAAAGGCUCCUCCUCCAAAGAGACCAGCGAGGCCAAAGUUCAGAUAGUCUCCAAAAAGCUGGACUUCAGCCACGUCACCUCACGCUUGGGUUCCAAGGACAAUAUCAAGCAUGUUCCUGGUGGAGGGAAGGUACAGAUACUCAACAAGAAGGUGGAUCUAAGCAAAGUGACAUCGAAGUGUGGCUCCAAGGCCAACAUCAAACACAAGCCUGGGGGCGGCGAUGUGAAGACCGAGUCCCAGAAAGUGAACUACAAGGAUCAGGCUAAGUCCAAAGUGGGCUCAAUGGACAACCUCUGUCACGAGCCCGGCGGUGGCAACAUCAAGGCUGAGGGAGCCCAGGAGAUGGCAGAGGAAAAUGGGGCUCGCUCCAGUGAUGCCUCAGCCAAGGUGCCAGGGCAGGCAAGCAGCCCCGCCCAGGAGAACGGAGUGAAGGAGGGUGCCCCAUGCGGAAGCCAGGGCAUCCAUGACCCCCAGGGCUUUGACUCGCGCAUCCCUGAGACAAGCUUCUAAUUCUUCUUUGUGCUAUCCCUCUACCCUCUUCAUCUUAACCCCCUCAACAUCUCCUAUGUCCCCCACUCCUCUCUCCUCUCCUCUUUCCCAUUCUUUCGGUCCCAUUUCCACACUUCCUGCUGCAGAUUGAGUCUUUCAAGCUCAACUUCCGCGAGAACGCCCGCUCUCGCACGGACCACGGCGCCGACAUCAUAACCUGGCCAGCCCCGGGAGACAACCCUCACACCCACAACGCAGCGUCUCUCUCAACGACUCCCUGAACUUUGCUGGCUACCCCGCUGCACCCCCCCCCCCCCGGAAACGGCACGCUAGCAGGACUCAGGUCAUGACCCUCAAUCCCACAUCCAAACACCUCACUCAUGUAUCAUUCUCUUACUAUGCCUAAACCUGCGCUUACCUACCUACCGCUGUCCUGUGUUCCCAUUGGAUGAGCUGACAUUGUACAUACAGUAGACCAAGCUUCAAGCAGGUUGGGAUAACAUUGGGAGGGGAACGGAGGCUUGCCAUGUUAACUGUGAAGUCUAAUUCAUGUUUCCUCACCUCUCCAAGAGCAUAACAUGGCAGUUGCAGCGUACAGUAGCAAAAAAUCAGUCUUAUCCAGUAUUACAGUACGUCCUAGUGCCGUCUUAGUGAGAGUAAUCUACCAGGCAUCGCCAGCCCUGAACACACCUGUUUGGUUCACAUAGACACCCCCAAUGGGAAACCUUCCUAGACUCACCUGCGGGUUAUGUACGCAGACUAAUAUGUGUGUAGAGCCCUUUUACUUGUGAGCAUGUAGGGCUGUGGUGUGUUCCCAAUAACCAUUGAUUAAUUUACUCACUAUUCACCAACCAUCUACUCACUCACUGCCUCACCUCCCUCCUCUCUCAUAUCCAUGUACCCAGAGUCCAGACCCCUCUUUUUCACUGUCCAAGGGUUAAAAAAAAAAAAAUGUAAAAGAGCACUCACAAAAUAUUAGUAAACUAGUAGACUGUAGGCUAUUUAACUCUCUUUAAAUUGUGUGUUUGUGAUGGUGUUUGAUUGAAUAAUACUGUAACAAUGAGCUGUGGCGUUCUGUUCUGUUUACUUUUACAUUCGUUUAUUUUCCUCAUCAGCUUAGUUUUAAGGUUUGUUUCAUUGUUUUCUUCUUUCGUUUUAUUUCUCGUGUAAGCAAUACGGUGGAUGGUCUCUUUACCAACAGGGCUCAGAAAUCCUCUUGAAUACACACACAUAUAUUUUUCUCGAAACAAAGGCACACAGUCAUGAAGAUGCGACUCCGUUUAGGGCUUUGGGUGUGACAAGGGAGAUGAAGACGAAGACAGAUAAAAAGGGAGACAGCGAACACUGAGGCGUAGUGACGUAAAAACGUGUCCCCUUCAGUGUGUUAAGACAACAAUGUGAUGUGUCAGAAUAGUGCUGUCUAGGAAAGUUCAAGAGAGUAAUAGAAUGUUAAGAUGAAUUAUGUGAAGGAAAGUGUCUCGGAGGUUGGUGGAGCGAUGUGUCUUGUACUGUACGUGCCUCCUGUCCUGCUUACCUGAAACUGGGAUGGGACUCGGGCUGGAAGCUCAAGCUGAUGGACCCUUGUCCCUGGAGUGACACAGACAGACAGAAUGUCAUAGUUGAAAAUGAAACCGCAUGGUGGCACUGUAGUUUGAUUAGGAUUUAGAAUGAUCGUAUUUUGUGACCAGUCCUGCUUGUUGUCCCAUUUCAGCUGUUUUCUGAGGGUUCUGGUAAAGUGUUAUUGACAGUUAUAAGAGGUUCUGCUGAAGGACUUGUUUUUGUCAGGCUGUUGGCAGUGGAACAUUCAAUGUGGCUUAUUUUACUUGUAGCAAUGUAUCCAACAAUUGCCUCCAAUUGCCUUUUUAGUGCAUGGCCAGGUAAUAUCAUGCCCAGAGCAGAAAGCCUAUGUGCAUUAUAACUUGCAGUGUUAUGGUUCAGUAUAUUUGUCCUUGGGGGCAAAUAGUCGGUGUUGUAUAUUCUUUUUUUUUAACAGUGGGCAGGAAGAAAAUUGGGGGCUGUCAAUUUGAUUCUAAAUUCUAUUGCAGUUUGGUAUAUUAUAUAAUUCAGCUCUAAGUUCGUCAUGUUUUUUAAAUGUGUUGAGCUCAAAAUAAGGACAGUACACCAGGUACUCUUUUUGAGGAAUGAUUCCCCCCUAAUUCACAUCAAGAUGUAGGCCUACUUUAAUAUCCUCUUAAAUCAGAGAUAUGGAAACUAUUAAAAUGACCUUAAAUUCUUGAAUAUAUUAAAGAGGGUUCACUGUGAUGGUAAUGUGUAUUUGAUGAAAGGUAAAGCUAUCUCUCCACACACGGAUUUACUCCCAUUUUGUUCCUAGGAUAUCCAUGAAAUAUUGUUUAAAAGAGGUUGUAAUAAUGUUUUUAAAUUAAAUCACAAUCUAUUGAGAUGUGUGGAAUAGGCCUAAUACCCAGAGCCAAUAUAAGUCCAUUUAAAUGUUUUAAGAAAAUGGUCAAUACAUUUUAUUGUUAUCAACAAGAUGUUAUUUUAAAAUUGGAGAGGUUUGUAGAUAUUGAUAUUUGAGCGGUUUUGUAGUACAGCAGUGAUUGUUGUAAGAGGAACGGCUGCUGAGGUGGAUCGUAGUAUCACCUCUGGUGCCACGAUCCUCAUCUGAUAGUGAAAUGUCAAUAUUACCCCUGAUCCUGACUUACCACACUGACUGGGAUGUUCUCUCUGAGAUUGCACACGGUUGUAUAUAAAUAGAUAUUUUACUGUUUUAUACACUUUCGCCACAGGGGGGGGAAAAACGAUAUGAAAACAACAAUGAUGGUAAUAAGGAUGUUAAGUACAGCUUUUAUGUUAAUAUGUCUUUAACAGUUUUAAUAGUAAGGGGUAUCAUUAUUGUUAUUGAGCAAGUCUGCCUUUUUUUACAAGAAAAGGGCAGCUGAAGUGGAAGAAUGUUAUUGAGAUAUAAUGUUCUAUAGAUGCAACACUUUUGUAUUUAUCUUGUGUUCCCAUUGGUGCGUGGUGGUGGUGUCAGUGGGGGAGUGUUAGAGGGCUUAUGGAAGGUAUAGCGGGGUCUGGUCCAGUUUGUGCAUUGCUGUCUAUUGAACAGCCUUUCUUUCACAAAUUGUAAGAGUUUUGUUAACUUUCACAUAACCUUUGUCCAUCCCCACAACCCCAGUCUUAAGAAAUGAAAAUACUCUUAUUUACAGGUAGACCUUCAGAUGUGAUUUUGACAUUGUAGGUAACAGUGACCUUCUUGCGUUGAUUUGAAAACAAGAUACGUGUAACAUGGAAGGAAUUGAAACUAAUGUGUAGAAUUGCACUGUAUAACAUGCCAUUGUGGUGCAGGGCUUCCUGUUAAAGCAGGAAGUGGGAUUAGAAGUCAGGUCAUAUCUGUCAUUUAGGAAUAUUGUUGCCCUUGCCCUACACGCACGCACACACAGAAACACACACACACACACUCUGUCCUGGAGUGUCAUGGAGACGUCCGCGCCCUAACACACCCUUAUGUAAGACUAACAGUAGUUGUCAGGUUUGGCUUGUGUUACUUAGAGCUUUCCGGUAAUGCUACAAUGAGCUCCAUAGAUCUGCUUCUACCGCUAGCGCACACCCAAUGUGCAAGUGUACUCAUAGAACACACCUAUUUAAGAGCAUGCAGAAACAAAUGGAAUGUGUUCAGUAGACUUAUGUCAUUUGCAGAAUUUGUCAUUUGCAGAAUUUGUUUUUUUGUUUUUCAUUCAUUUUGAAUUUACAUUUUUGGUUUGAAAGAAGUGUUUAUUGUGAUUAAUUGUUAAUUAGUGAUGUGAUUAUUAAACAUAAAAAUAAAAAAAUGUUUAAGAUA